AUGGAUAUUGGUGAUGCUAUCGAAUACUUAUCAGCGGCAGCUUCUGCUGCUGAAGAGAAUAUACGUUACCUUCGGGAAGCGAUAGUUGAAAUAAACUCUACUAAAGACCCUUAUGAGCUUGCAACAAUGGAUGAACAAUCUCUGGAAGAAUUUUUCAUUACUGGCAUCGAGAGAAAUUUAAGAGCCCUUGAUUCAAAAGAUGCUGCCGUGCGUGCCAGUACUACCGCUUUUUUUAAUGCCUUAGAACAAACACGCUUUGAAGACACAAAUUUCACCACGAGAUAUGAGUGUGCUUUAAGCGCCGGACGGAAUGCAUUCAUAAAAACACGGGAAAAGGAGGCAAGACGAAUAUUCAUUUUGUAUGCUGCUUACAGUUCUAUGGGCUAUGGGGAAACUGAUGCAGAUCUUGAAUAUAACGCAAGAAAAGUUGCCUUUAUGGACGACUUUCAAGAGCUUUCAGCCCAGAAAGCGGCAGAGAUGGCACGUUCACAUCGUUGUUUUCUUUAUGCCUGUUAUGAGUGUGAUCUACCAUUUACAGAUCCGACCUAUGAAUGGUGUCAACCAUGUAAUUCAAAACAUCUUAAGGAUGAUUUUGAGAAAUGGACUAGUGGUAAUUCUAACAUUGACAAAUUUCUUCAAGAAGCGCAACUUUCAGCAAAUAGCCUAAGAAAGGUAAUGGUGUGGAUCCCAUAUCAUAGGUUGACAGAUAUAGAAUAUAUUACUGAAGGUGGAUAUGGAACUGUUUAUUCGGCUAUAUGGUUGGAUGGGCCAAUAUCCAGAUGGCACAAUGAUUCGUGGAUGUAUUUUGGAAAGCUGAAAGUUGGCUUGAAAAUCUUAGAUCGUUCAUCUGAUUUAUCAAUUAACUUUUUAAAUGAAUUUAAAUCGUAUCUUCAAGUUUAUGACAGCACUUAUUUUAUUCGAUGUCUAGGAAUUUCUCAAGAACCACACACGUAUAAUUAUAUAAUGGUAAUGGAAUUUGCAUCAUUAGGAUGUCUUCGAACAUAUUUGAAAUCUAACUUUAAUUCCAUAACAUGGGAGGAUAAGUUAAAAGCUUUACUUGAUAUCAGUAAGGGACUUGACUGCUUACAUAAGAGUAAUUUGGUUCAUCAAGAUUUUCAUCCAGGAAAUCUCUUGUUUGUUGACAACUUUGGCGAUAAAUUUUUAUCAAUUUCAGAUCUUGGAUUAUGUAAACCAUUAAACCAAAAUUCAGAAUCAGCUGAGCUUUACGGAGUUUUACGUUAUAUAGAUCCUGAAGUCUUGUGUGGAAAACGCUACACUAAAGCAUCUGAUAUAUACUCAUUUGGCAUGGUUGCAUAUGAAAUAGUAACAGGUUGUCUGCCAUAUUAUAAUAUUACAGAUGAUGAUGAUCUUAGUUUUAAAAUUAUUAUUCAAGGUUUACGUCCGAACAUUCCCUCUUACAUACCAAAGCUGAUUACUAGAAUGAUUAUGAAAUGCUGGGAUGCUCUGCCAGAUAAAAGGCCAACCUCUGAUGAAUUAUAUCAUAGUAUAAAAGACUGGUAUAAUGAUAUCAAAAAAAAUAACCAGUCUGAAUUUAUGGCACAAAUUAUAAAAUUUACAAAAGAAUUUAACGAUACAUCCGCACAACUAAAUUAUCAAGAACAUACUAGAGCAUUUUAUAUUAGCAAACCUUACAGUAUUUCCGAUUCUUUAUUGCCAAUGAAUGCACCGGAUUUUGAAGAGAAGCUUAAUGAAUUUUUAACUUCUGAAAAAGCCUUUGAUGAUUCCGAAAAGCAUGAUAUAAAAUUAUCAAUUUCCGAAGGGAUCAUUGAUAUAACUAUUUGA